UUUAAUUUAAUGGUGGAUGUGUGAUGGUUGCGGCCAACAUUGGCGUGUUAAGGUGUUUAUCUUUUGUAUUUACUUUUUUACAUCAAAAUUCUGAAAUAGGUGUAUACAAAUUAGUAACUUUUUUAAAACUUUUUGGUUCAUAAAAUGUCUCGAUCAGCUCGUGCUGAUACACGGAACCGUGUUAAGGAUGAUAUCAAAAGAGUAAUGCAGGCUGUCGAAAAGGUUCGCCAUUGGGAAAAGAAAUGGGUGACAAUUGGGGAGACUACUAUGAAAAUAUACAAAUGGGUACCAAUAUCUACCAAUGAGCAGAAGAAAAAGCACGCCGCCAGACAAGAGAACAAGGAAAACACGUUGACACCGAAAAAGAUGCACGAUUCUUCGAACUCUAACUUUGGAAUGGCAGAAGAUUCUAAUACGUGUUUUUCAACAGUAAGUGAUUCACAAGGGCCAACAGAAUUUACUUCCUCACAUAUGAACUUUUCUGAAGAUUCAAACUCUCAAAGUAGUGGUACAACAACUCCUGCAAAACAUAGUAGACAGUGAAAAGUGUAGUGAGUCAAUUUGAGUGAAGUGAAUUUUAUGUUUUAAGUUAGGCCACAAUUAGUCCAUAAUUUUAUUUAUAAGGUCACAUAAAUUCUCAGCUUUAGCUUAUAAUGAUGUAAUUUGGAACAUGGAUUCCUAAUAAUGCAAUAAUUAUUAAUAAGCUGUGAUUUUGAUAUGAUGACAAAGCUUUAGGUGGUGUGAAAUUGAGUCAUAUGUUUUAUUUAAAGAAUAUAAGUAAGUGAUGAUGAAGUAUUUGGAGAUAAUUACUUAUGAAUCUAUAUUGGUGCAGAUUCCUGUUCUUUUAUUUAAUUUUAAUACAUGUCUUGAGUACAAAUGCUAGGCUGGAAAAAUGUAACUUAUGGUUUGUAAGUCAUAUUAUCUUUUGAGAAUUAAAUAAGUUGUAGUGUAAUGAAAUUUGAUAUUACUUUUACAAAUUCAAUAAAGACAUUGUAUAAUAUGAAUUUUAACCACUGUUGAAUUCUAUUGGUUAUUUAGAAUGACCCAUCUUCUCUGAGACAUAGGGUACAUCAUUGUAUGUUUCAUUUCUUUUUUAAAGCAUGUUUCCUAUCUAAGGUUUUAAAUUGUAGCUGUCCAAUAAAAUUUAUUUUACUUCAUUAUUAGUAAGAAUUAAAUGCAAAAAUUAUUCAGUGAAUUAUUUUUAAUUGUAUUAUUUUAAAGUAACUGAGUUUUCUGUAAAA